AUGAGAAACGUCCAGCUCCUCCUCCAAGAUCCGUCGGUUUCCAAGUGGAUCAAGUGGGUCCUCGUGCUCCUUGUGGCACGAGUCAAGAAGCCACUCUUCUGGUCCAGUUUUCUCGCGUUGAAUCCGCUAAUCAGAAGAGUCCUCCAGUCAUCCGAGUCCCAGCGUGAUGAGACCAUUGGCAGACGUCUUUCCAAGCUCUCCAACAUCGUCACAUGUGCGUUCUUGUACUUGGCUACCCACAGCAACAAUGGGUUCCCCAAAGACUACGUGCUGAUCUACCUUUGGAUGAGCUACUACGGCGAGUUGGACAAGCCGUCGGACCUGCGGGUGUUGGUGUCGCCACAGACAUCACGCUACUUCAAAGUCGAGACCUACAGCCCAUCCGUGGCCCUGUUGUACCAGCACAAGGAGUACGUGAUCUACCCCCUCAUCUUUGGCCAGCUCUUGUCCAACUACUUAACGCCCACCAAGUACAAAUUCAACCAGAGGUACUUGUCCAGCUCCAUCAAGUCACAGAUCUUGAGUCCCAUCUGGAUCACCUACUCGCUCGGAGUCAGGUCCCAUUCCAUUGCGUGGGGACGGUUGUUCCGCAGCUACGCGUACCACAACUUGGUCAUCGGGGCGUUCGUGGGCUUGAUGGCGUUCAAAUCGCGUGCUUUGGACCAGUACUACGAAUUGAAGUACGGCAUCGUCUCCGGCAAGUCCGUGGCAGAUAUCGUCAAGCAGUACGGCCUUUACAUCUUCCACAAGGCCAACUCCUACACCAACUUCAUCUACCUCCCUAACAUCGUGUCUAUGUUGUUGAUCUCGAUCUCGGCAUCGACGUUGUCAUCCAUGAAUCUCUGGAACAACAAGAAUUUCUUUAAGUUAUACAUCAAGACAAUCGGGUUUAUCGCUGGUUUCGUGACCCUAUACGUCAAUGCGCAAGAGUUUGUGCCGGAUUUUGGCUACCUUCGUGACAAGUCCGAAAAGAACAAUAUCCGUACCGUUUCAAAGACUUUCCUUGACGGGUUGAACUUGUAUUUGUUCAGGUUGAUUUUGUUGUCGAAAUGGAGAAUCACCAAGGAGAACCACCCCAGUUUCAGGAAGUUGAAGUUGAGCAGCUGGUACAAGAUCGAGACCAUCUUGAUGUGCUUCGGAGUCUACAAAAUAAUGACCUUGAACGACUUCUUGAAGAGACACGGAGGAAACACAGAGCUUGAAAGUCUGCCCUUGAUCAAGGGAAUUGAGAUGAUCAUGUGA